AUGCCCGCCAUGUACCUCUGCAUCCAGCACGAAGAGAGACAGACAGCUGGCAAGAUGGCGGAGCUGCAGGAUUUUAUGCUGGAGGUCGAGAGCAACCGGGAAGAAGCAAUCCGGAUAGCUGGAAUUGUUGCAUCAAAGCUUGAGAGCAAACAAACGACCCUGAUAGAGAUUGUGACAUCCUUGGGCGAAUAUAUUAAUGAUGAAGACCCUAGUAUACGUGGGAAGGCUGUGUCCUAUUUAACGGCGGUGAUAAAAGCUCUACCGGAGAAGUUCCUCAGCCGACAGCAAAUUCAAGUUUUGACCACAUUCUAUUGUGCCCGCAUUGAAGAUGGCGGUGCUAUCACCGGAUUGCGCACUCUCCAGGCCCAGGAUAGGUUUGAGAAAUUUAUGGCUCAGGAUACAUUUCGAGCACUCUAUCAACACUCUACCGAAUUUCGUGGCCGUCCACAGUCUCAACGAUUACAGGUUCUCCACUUGCUAAACGAAUUGAUGAUAAAGAACCGAGCGGCCUUACGUGAGAUGAACGAUGAGUCGCUAAUAGGUAUCGUGGAUCUUGUAAGCGGGGAGCGAGAUCCCCGAAACCUCAUGGUUGUCUUUUCUAUUCUUAAAGUUGUGAUGAUGGAGUGGGAUAUAUCAGGGCACACUCAGGAACUGUUUGACGCCGCUUAUAACUAUUUCCCGAUUACAUUUCGUCCACCUCCAAACGAUCCAUAUGGAGUGACUGCGCAGGACCUGAAGGACCGGUUGCAGGCUUGCAUAACAUCAACGCCCCUCUUUGCACCCCACGCUUUCCCAUCAUUGCUGGACAAACUGGAUUCAACAUCAGCCAAUGUGAAGCGCGAUGCUUUAAGAGCACUCGGUGGGUGCAUUGAAUCGUACAGUCCCUCCACCAUAGCACGGUACGCAAUAACAAUUUGGGACUGCCUGAAAUUUGAGAUACUUAAUGCUCAAGAUGAGAUUCUUCCUGAAGAAUCUCUACGUGUGCUACACGCCUUGGCCUCGAAACUUUCCAUGACAUCAACUGGCGCAAAGAAGUCGCCGCUCGCCCAAUUUCUGAAACCGAUUACCAACGAAUGCAUUGAACAAUUACGAGAGCCACUACAAAAACAAGCGAAACCUGCGCGACAUAUUCUGAGUUCAUUAUCCUCUGCAUCUGUAUCUUCAUUUACACUGAUCGCCGAGGCUAUUGUCCGCCAAUUGAUCGAUAUCUACCAAAACGCGGACAGCAUUUCGAAGCAGCGAGAGAUUCUGGAAACCUUUGCUGAACUCUUUAAAUCAGCUGUAACUGUCUUUGGGACGUGGUCAACGAUUACUGCAGAUUCAAGCCUCACAAACCCGCUUGUUUCAUACAAAGAUGGCCUCACGGAAAUAUUUAGCAAAUCUCUAAUGAGCUCAGCUAAAGAUGAAACCUCCUUCCGACUAUCAGCCUUGAGAGGACUCAUAGAGCUUUCUAUUCUACCGAACUUUCUUCAAGAUAAUGAGAUUGGCCUGUUUGUACAGUACUUCGAUGAUAUCCUACUUCAUGAACGAUCUUCAGCGCAGGAGGAGCUACGCAAAGAGACCAUUCGUGCCCUUGCCCAGAUAUCAAAGCAUAAACCACAACUUAUCAUUGAUAUCACCUUUCCCGCGUUGUUGGCUACUUUGCCUGAUGUGGAUAAUGAGGCGGACGAGUCCUACCUUCGUUCCCUUGACAACCUAGCCCGGAUAAGCACCGAAAAAGAGGUAUUUAAUACACUUGUCAGGCGGCUACUAAGCAAGCUGGAUGUUAUUAUUUGUCCUGCCAACAAGAGUUCCUCAACAUAUACUGGUGCGAUUCUAAUGACAAUUUUGUACGCAAUGGAACACCGCGAAGACCUGGAAAGAGACCCAAACUUGAAUUUCUAUUAUGAAAAGAUCGUCCAGUCGCUAUGCAGCCGCGUUGCUAAGGCAUCUACAGGGGGAGGCUCGACACUAAAUCACCCUCAAGUUCUUGAUACGUUGGGCAAACUCUGUAAUCUCAUUGUCCGGUCUUUGCCACGGUCGACGCAGGAUGAAGUCUGCAAGAAUAUAUAUGCAUUAUAUACUACUGAAGAAGAGUUCACUCCCGCACUUUUCUCAGACAACUCUCAGCAAAGGCAGACGAUAAUUGUUUCCACUUAUAUCCUUGCUGCCCUUCCAAAGGAUAUCUCGCCACUACCAUACGCUAGCCCGAAUAUUGAACCCCUGUUACGUACAACUAUACAAGCUGCGAUAUCUGAAGAUACUGAUGCGUCAACUCGGUUAUCUUUAGUUCGUCAUGUUGGGCUUCUAGCAAACAAGUUCCUCCCCAAACAUGAGGUUCAAGUUGCUUCAGACAUUCUGUUCUCAUUAAUAUCACCUACACCGUCUACCCAGGUAUUAUCUCAGCAGACCAUUAGAACCAUUUUCUGGCUCUCUAAAGCUCUCAUACUUCGUUUGGCGCCCUCCACGACUCAGAUAUUAACCUCACUUUUGGACCUACUGGAUUCUCCCGACCCAGUAACAAGCGAACUCUCUGCCCGAGGAUUCAGCAUUAUUCUCGCAGAAGAUAGUAUCCUUAAUUCGAAAAAUGGAGCAAACAUCCGCCUCCUUGCAAAACAGAAGGUCUUCACAACUGUCACCCCUCUAAUAUCAGCUAGAGUCCACGAAGCGAACACCACCGCUACGGUUCAGGGGGAAGCGGCAAACCCUUCAUCUAGGAAAUCCUGCUCUAAAGAAUCAUACCUGACAGCACUAUCUGGCCUCUUACCCACCAUACCCUCCUCAUUGGUAAUGACAAAAUUACCCACCCUCCUACCCCUUUUACUCCAAACUCUAGACCUCAAUGUCGCCAACGAGACAUCAUCUUCUCAACCAUCACUCACCCCAAAUAGCAAUAUCAAAGCCGCCACGCUCAAAACAUUAGCCAUAGUAAUCCAUGAAAAUGGAGUUCAACUGAUACACGAAAUCGGCUACGUUGAGGAUCUCGUCACACGCCUUUUAAGGACGGCAGCAAUACAUAACAAAACUGAGGCAGAUAUUCAGAUCAAUAAGUCCAUCAAGUCCGAAACUACGAAGGCAUAUGACGCCAAUGAUCUUGAAAAUCCUGCGCGAGUUCGUGUCCAAGCACUACAAUGUUUAUUCCUACUUGCAAGCAAUCCCGUUGGGCAGGCAGCGGAGGGAGAAAAUAAGAAGGUACUUACUACUGUCUCCCCUCUGUUACGACUGAAGAGGAUGGUCCUUAGAUCUUUGUUAUAUAUACUGGAUGACCCGAAACGCGAAGUUCGAAAGGCUGCGGUCGAUGCACGGGCGGCUUGGUUAAGAAACGUGGAGGAUGAGGCAGAGAAUGAUGAUGACUAG